UGCGCUUUAAUUCGCAAUAGUACGGUAGCGUCACGCAACAUAACUUCCUGUGUGGCGUCACCGAUUUCUACACCGCGGUUUUUUUGUAAUGGGAGCGAAAAAGAAAAAAGAAAGACGUUAGGACUUCCAGUUUAAUGAUAUCGUACACAAACAAAAUGGAUGCAGAUGAACUUCUACAACAGACAAAGGCACUGGCAAAGCACAUGUCAGUGUACCAACCCAGUCUUGCUCCUGAUAUUACAAGUAAUGCUGUGGUGUCUGAGAGCGCUAUAGAGGAACUGUUAAGUGAGUGUGAAGAAAAAUGGAAAGAACUCGAAGAGUUGCAGAAUAAGUUAACGCUGAUAGAAACUUUAGAAGACACAGGCUCUGAGUUUUCUCAACUUAUGACGCGUGUAAAGGCUUUAACGUCUGAAUUAAACCAGUGGCAGAAAAGAGAACCUGAAUUGCUGUCUAAGAACCAUGAUGUUCUGGUUGCUGUUGGAAAGGAAGAGUUGCAGAGAGUAAACAAAGAGCUUGAAAUGGUGCUGUCCUGUUGUCAAGCAAAGAAUGAUAAAUUAAACCAAGAUUUGAAAAGUGAACAGAAGUGGUUAGAAGAACAAGAAGAGCUGUUAAAAGCUGUUACUGACAAGGCAGCUGAACUGCAAAAUGAAGUGAUGGAAUUCUCUGAAUCGAGAGCAAUGCGGGAGCUCAAGGUGAAAAUCAAUCAAGUUAAAACCUAUCAGGAAAAACUGCUGGAAGAUCUGGGGGAGUUUAUUGAAGAACACUUUCCUCUUCCACAGCAACAAGGAAAUGCUAGCAAAAAGAAAAAAAAUGUUCCUCAGGAACCCACUGCAGACCUUAUUUCAUUGCAGGAAAUACUGGAGCUUCUUAUGAAUAAGAUCUUACAAACUCCUCAUGAACCAUAUGCAACAAUUGAUAACACCUUUUGGCCACCUUAUGUUGAGAUGUUGCUUCGAUACGGAGUUGUAUUAAGACACCCUGAAGAUCCAAACAGAAUUCGGAUGGAAGCUUUUCAUCAGUGAAGACAUGAUUCACAAUGUUCUUUUUUUAUUUUGCCUUGUGGGUAAAUGAUGCCUGUAUUAAAGCAAUCAAACAAG